AUGUAUCUAUUCGAUAGCCUGAGACCUCAGUUCACGUCACAAUUAUCGUCCAAAUUGCGCUCACUAGUUGAUGGGAACAUUCAAGUUGAACGUUACGGGCAACACAGUGACGAAGGCGCCACCAACUGCGCAUUGCUCUUCAACAUAGUCGAAGAAGAUAGUCUCCGUGAAACGAAGAAGAAGAAGGUAAUCGUAGUCGUCACAGUCGAAGAACGGCCACUUAUCAAACUCAUCCAGACGGACAUUAUGGAAGCCCAGUCGAAGAAAGUAACCCGUCCAGGACCAGGUCGCGAUUUGCAGGAGAAGCAGCCAACUUUCAGCGUGAAUAACCCACAUUCCAUGGAACCCAGAAAACCUCCCUCCAGCCGCACAGUCGUCUUUACGCUGAGCGUAAUCUUCGUUGCUUUAGUGAUCGCUCUGCCUAUUGUGCUCCAUUACAUCAUCAAAGGAGGCGGUCAACACCGAGACCAACACCUGCACUACUGCGAGACCCAGGACUGCAUAAAUCACGCACGUAUGCUCAAUGGCAGUAUGAAUGCUUCGGUGAGACUCUGCAACGAUUUCGCCAGCUUCGUCUGCGGCAACAAUCAGAACCAGGCCAUUGAUCAAGUCCUGCGCCAAAGAUCCGUCCUCUCAACCCUGCGACGUCUCGGGAGUCCUCCGUCAAUUCACAGCGCUGCCAUCGCGAAAGCUAGGGCGUUCUUUGAAUCAUGCUCCAAGAGGAAUGUGUCCGGUGCCAAGAGUGCAGGCCUUGAAGCCUUCAAGAAUUUCAUGCUAUCUAUGAACCUUUCUUGGCCAGAUCCUCCUCAGACGACCGGCGAUCUGAAUGCAACGUACGCUCUCGACGUCCUGCUGAGCAUCGCCAUGAACUGGCAGAUCUGCAUAUGGAUGCAAGCGCAAUUUUAUUUCACUUCCGGCAAACACCAAACGAAGGUCAUUCUCAUCAGCAGGUGCAAUCACCGUGAACUAUCGCCGUCAAUGCGCGAUCAUGACUAUGAGGCGUACGUCAACAGGUUCUGCAAGCUGUUCUUCACUGGGCAAGGGCCCUGCAUCGCGAACCUCGCCGAAUUUCGUCGCGACGAGGACCUCGUGAGGAACUACACGACUGGUCGACGUCCGCUUCGGAACACUUUUCAGUUCUUUCUCUCCGAUAUCGACACGCUGACUCCUUCGAUUCCAACGAAUACCUGGGUUGAACUUCUGAACAAGAUUCUCGAUCCUCCGAUCAAGUUCACGAAUUACGUGGUUCUUGCGAAAGGCCCUACCAUUCUGUCCGCGGUGGAAAACAUCAUCUCUAAACUGCCUCUUCAACGCAUUUUAACUCAGAUAAGUUGGGAAUUCAUUCAAAGAUACGCCUGGGUUGCCAUUCCUGAAGCCGCAGCCAUCACUCUAGGUUCGAUGAGCGACCCUAACCAAGUAUCCGCUCAUUGUCUUGCGGCUGUUGAAGAGACAAUGGGACUCCUGCUUCGUGCCGAAGAGAUUUACACUCAUUACAGCAGAGAAGAAAGAAAAGCGAUAACACAGAUCAUAGAGGGCGUGAAGAACGCCACUUUGCAAUAUUUGGAAAACUCUGGCUGGAUAAUGCAAGAGAAAAUUGUGACCGCCAUCGUUAGACUGAGCAGCAUGCAACAAAGCGUGUGGCCGCCAGACGAGUUCUUCGACGUCAAAGAACUCGACAAUCUCUAUUCCACGUUCCCCGACAUGAAAGACGACUUCUUUACCAACUGGAUCAACUCCCACAAGGCUCUGGCAGCGGUGAUGCGGGAAACAAGUUUCUCUACUGGCCAACUGUACGUCCAACGAUACGACAGCGCCUUCGGCCUGUUCUCCUACAUGAACUACAUAAACGUCAUGGACGUGUCUUUAGUUGCCUUGCAGAACCCUCUGUAUUACCGUCUAGGAACGGCUGCCAUAAACUACGGUGGACUGGGUGCCAUGUACGCGUUGGAGUUUCUAAAAGGACUUUACGGCACACCUGGCGUAACGGAAGAGGUCGGGGAAGACUCUCUGCUCGAUUGGAUCUUCAAGUUCAACGAGACUGUGCCCGUCGUCCGGAAUGCCCCGAUCUGCUUCCUAGAGAAUGGCGAAGCGUUUCGCAUGAAGUUCCCAACGCUACCAGCGCUCCAAGUGGCCCACAAGGCGUUUAAGGCGGUACAGAAGCACACCGUAGAUGAUCCCGAGUCCGAUCUCAGGCUGAGGCUUCUCGGUGACUUUACAGCGGAUGGUAUUUUCUUCCUGUCUUUCUGUCACGCCUUCUGUGGUCACCAGGAGCUGUGUAACCUGGCGGUGUCGAACUCUGAAGCUUUUUCGAAGACCUUUCUUUGUCCCGCAGGAACUGCCGUUAAUCCUGAGAGCAAGUGUUCCUUUUUCUCUGAGUCCACACUAUUUCAGGACAUAGCGAUAUUCAACAGGAGGACCAGUUGGCAUCGCUCCUGAAGCAUCCGACUAAAUAGGGCAGAUAAAAACUGAAACGGUUUUGUGCAAGUUCAGUGAAGACAUUCACUUGCGUAGCAGCGCUGCUUGCGUGGAGGGGAAUAAUUCCUUAUAGCUUUUUCGUUCAGUAAAUGAUUGCUUCGGCAUUGCGGCUCUUCA